AUGGCUAAUAUUUUCAGACGCAAUUUUAGUGUCCUAGACAUAUCUGGCAAAAUUUAUAUGUCUUGGACACUAGACGCAAAAAUACAUUUAAAUGCAAUGAGUUUGAUAGAUACCAUUAAAAAUGAUAAUAAGACAUCAGAUCAAGAUAAGGACAAGGCCAUGAUAUUUCUUUGUCAUCAUCUUGACGAAGGGUUAAAAAUGGAGUACCUCACGAUCAAAGAUCCCCUUACAUUGUGGAACAAUUUAAAGGAAAGAUAUGACCAUCUGAAGAUGGUCAUACUCCCACAAGCUCGUAAUGAAUGGACCUAUUUAAGGUUCCAGGACUUUAAAAAUGUAACUGAAUAUAAUUCUGCGAUGUUUAGAAUUAAAUUGAAGUUUGAUUUAUGUGGGGAAAGUAUGACGGAUCACGACAUGAUAGAGAAAAUACUUUCUACUUUUCACUCCUCGAGUAUGGUCUUGCAGCAGCAGUACCGAGAAAUGGAUUUCAAAAAAUAUUCUGAAUUAAUUGGUCAUCUUCUUGUUGCUGAACAACAUAAUGAUCUUUUAAUAAAAAAUAAUAAAACUUGGCCUCCUGGUACUGCUCCAUUUCCAGAAGAUAAUCGUCUUGCAAUAAACAAUAACCCUCAGCACCAGCUGUGCAAAAAAAGGGGUAAAGCUCCUGAAGUAGCACCAAGGACGAACCCUGAAAAUAGAUGUUAUCGAUAUGGAGGAAAGGGGCACUGGGAGCGUACCUGUCGUACGCCUAAGCAUCUAGUAAAACUAUAUCAGACGUCCCUGAAAAAGCCAGAAAAUGAUGUUGAAACAAACUUCCUCCUAGAAGAUAAUGAUGAGCCUAUGGACUUGAAAAUGUCAGAUUUCUUUGCAGUUCCUGAAGAAUAA